AUUAUUAUUAUUAUUAUUAUUAUUAUUAUUAUUAUUAUUAUUAUUAUUAUAUUUCCUCUCCUCGGAAAGCUGAGAACAGUUCCUCUGCUGCUCCCUUUUAUUUUCUCCGGUCCUUCCUUCCUUUUGUCCGACAAUUGCAAUGAGACCCAACGAAGCAGGGGAAGCAUCGUCCGCCACAGAGGUGCGCUUGGAAGAAUGGAAGCGGUGGGCGGCUGAAUGCAUCGACGAGUCUUCGGAGUGCCUGGGCGAGCUAAGCCGGGAGAUCUGGAGCCACCCGGAGCUGGCUUUCGAAGAGCACCAUGCUCACGCCGCCCUGACGAGCUUCUUCGCGGGCCUGCCCGUCUCCUCCUCUUCGGCCGCCUGGUCGGUGCAGCGCAAUUAUAAGUUAGAAACGGCCUUCCGGGCGGACUGGAAGUGGGACGGGGCGCCCUGCUCUCCCGCCGAAACGAACCAGGCUACCCCGCCGUCGCCCCCACCGCUUCGCCUGGGCUUCCUGUGCGAAUACGACGCCCUGCCCGCCAUCGGGCACGCCUGCGGGCACAACCUCAUCGCCGAAGUGGGAGCCGCCGCCGCGUUGGGCCUGAAGGGCGCUCUGGAAAGCCUUCGCCAGAACCCUGCCGGCCUCCCUCGUCAGGCGCCCGCUGUUAAGGUCACAGUGCUGGGUACCCCUGCUGAAGAAGAUAGAGGAGGCAAAGUGGAUUUAAUUAAAGCUGGGGCUUUUGAUAAUCUAGACGUUGUUUUUAUGGCUCACCCUUCUCAAGAAGAUGCAGCUUAUUUACCUGAUAUUGCAGAACAUGAUGUGACUGUGAAAUACUAUGGAAAAUCUUCUCAUGCUGCUGCUUACCCUUGGGAAGGACUAAAUGCAUUAGAUGCUGCUGUGCUUGCAUACAACAAUCUGUCCCUUUUAAGACAGCAAAUGAAACCGACAUGGAGAGUACAUGGUAUAAUAAAGAACGGAGGUGUGAAGCCUAAUAUCAUCCCUUCUUACACUGAAUUAGAAUUUUAUUUGCGUGCUCCUUCUUUAAGGGAACUCUCUACCUUAAAGGAAAAAGCAGAGAAUUGUUUUAAAGCUGCAGCUCUAGCAACUGGGUGUGAAGUGGAAAUACACAAUAAUGAAACUGAUUUUUACAAUGUGCUUCCUAAUAAGACUCUACAAAAAAUUUACAAAGAAAAUGGCAAGAAGCUUGGCAUGGACUUCAUUUCUGAUGACAGUUUAAAUGAUUUAACAGGUUCUACUGACUUUGGAAAUGUUAGUUACGUGAUUCCUGGGAUUCACUCCUAUUUUUACAUUGGUUCUGAUGCAUUGAACCAUACUGAGCAAUAUACAACGGCUGCAGGAUCAGAAGAAGCUCAGUUCUAUGCCUUGAGAGCAGCUAAAGCUUUAGCCAUGACUGCCUUGGAUGUUAUUUUCAAACCAGAUGUGUUGGAAAAAGUUAGAGAAGAUUUCAGAUUAACAAAACUGAAAGAAGAAGGUCAUCUGAAUGUUCCUGGAAAUACAAAAGGGUCAGAUAAUGGUAUUGAAGCAGAAUGUGCAUCACACUGAAGUAAUGCAGCAGAUUACAACAUUUAAAAACUCAAUGGAAAGUCCAGGACUGAUCUACUUCUAGGGAAUAUUUUUAAUAAUUGGAAAGACAGUGAAACCUCCAUGUAUUUUUUCAAAUAGUAUUUUUGUCUAAAAUUAUGUCAUUUGUCUUAAUUUCAGAUAAAAUUACAUGUGUAAUUCUAAGAGAACAUAGAUGUAUAUUAGUGUUUUGAACUGUUGCAAGUGCUACCAUGAUUUUUUUUUUAAAAAAAUAUUAUUUCUGUAGCCAUUGUUCUAAUGUCAAGGAACACAGUGAGCCAUGCUUUUUAUAUGGAGAGCCAGUUUGGAAUAGUGGUGAAGGUGCUGGCCAGAAAGCAGGAUAUUGUUGAAUUCUAGUCUCACCUUAAGCAUGAAAGCCCACUGGGUGACUUUGGGCCAGUCACUUUCUCUCAGCCCAACCCACCUCACAGUGUUGUUGUGGGGAAAAUAAGGAGGAAGUAAUAUAUGGUAUGUUCUCUGCCUUCAGUUACUUCUAAAAAAAUAAAGACAAGAUAAAAAUCUAACAAAUAAACAUAAUCAUCAGAAAAAUUAAUAUAUUAAGUUAUGUAUAAUUGAAUUAUGACUUUUGCAAAGGGGGAUACCAAAGGUUAGGCAUUGUUUGAAGGAUGUGCUUAUGUUUUUAAUAUUAGAAAUAACUUCUGUUCUCUUAAACACCUUCUCAUAAAUGGAGCUUAGUUUCCAAAAUGCAACAUUUUUCAUUAUCUCUCAACUUUCCUGGAAGGCUAUUUUUAAUCACUAGAGAUUUCAUACCUGAAAUACAUUCCUUUACUCCUGUUCUGCACAAUUUUUGGAUCAAGCUUCUCUCUUAAUAGAAUGUAUAAUAUUUAUUCAAAUAAUAGGAAUGUGCAAUGUUUCGGAUUCAAUUCUAUUUAAUAGAGUAGUAUGAAAGUAACCUCAGAGAGUCAAUUGUAUGGAUCUAGGAAAUUAUGUUAUUGUUUUAAAGAAUUGUGUGCAGGUGGUACAUUUGCAUACUUGCACGUUCAAAAAGUGCCUUUUUGAAGUCAUACGCAAAGAACUAUACAGUAUAAUACAGAAGUAACCAGGCAUAACAAUUAAAUUUGAAUCCAAGACUGGGGGGGGGGGGGGGAUCUUGUGAAAAUAUCUAAUUAAACAAGAAUGGGUGAUUCUCUCUAUAUUAUAGAUAAAGGCGCAAUAUAAAGCAGUAUUUUAGGUUUUUGUUUACGUUGCUUUAUAAAAUAUUCAAAAGAAAACAACAACAAAGUUUCCUCUAUUGCAUUUGCUCAAUUGUCCAUUUAAGCACUGGAAGAAUUGUACUUUAAAAAUUAAUUAUUCCAAAAAUUUAUGUUAUGGGUGCAGUACAAAGUAAAUUAACAGACUACAGAAUUGAGUAUGACUCUGCUCCUUUAUGUGGAAAAUAGCACUUCCUUCUUCAUGCAAAGAGACAGAGUUUGGUAUUAUUCCAGUUUAAAGACUUAGGCUUCUUUUUCUGCUAGAGAACACUUUGAGCCUUUUCAUUUUAUAUGAGCAUCAAACAGUUCCUCUCCUUCAGAAGAUCAUAAUCAGUCCUCUGAAGUAUUUUGACUGAAAGCAAAGUGAUAAUCUGAAAUACAGUAGCUGCCAUCUUGAAAUAAUAAUUCACCAAGUAGCUAAUAGUAUGGAUUUGGCCUCUAAAGUAUUUGGAAUAAUGCUAUAUUUUUGUAUUGAUGGUGAGAAGCAAAUAAACAGGUGAGAAGUGAGUAACCAAGAGAAAAGAAAAUGUUGCUAUUUCCUCUUGCAAGGGGAUAUCCUAUGAAAGAGUACUACAAAUGAUUAAAAUGUGUUUUAAAAGCAUGUUUUCUAAAUAUUUAUUUUAAAAACACAUUAUAAAAUUCUGGUUUUUUAAAAAGAGUAUCAAGUAUUGAUUCUUUAUUCUAAGGGAUAAUUAUUUCUGAAUGUAAGGUAAUACAAAAUCUUGCCCUUAUUGGCAACAUUUUUAAAUAAUUGAUUACUAUUUUUCUUCCAUUUUACAAAUUGGUUAAUUCUUCUCAUAUUAAUACUAUCUAGAGUUGUUGAGGGUGCUCUAGAAUAAUAUUGCCAAACUGCUCCAUUAGCUAGAUUACAAGCAUCAGUUGGAAAGUGGUCGUGUGGUCUGUUUGUUUUGUAUUAAUGCUAUUAGUCAGCCUUUGUAUUUGGUAUUCUGUAAUACUUAUAAUAAGAACCAGUUUAAUUAGCGAUUACAGAAUCAGGCUAAAAACUGGUAGUUUUACUUC